AUGGCGGCUGCUUUUAUACAGCACCAAAGAAAGCGAGUUCUUUCGCUUUUGGGUUUUGCUUUGUUGGCUGAUGAAGACAAGGAAGUUAUGCCAAAUAAAAGAAAGAGACAGCAGUAUAUGAGAGAAUGGAUUGCUAGAAGAGAAGAAAAAGGCGUCUACUAUCAACUUAUACGGGAAUCAGAAGUGGAAGAUAACACACCAUAUCGUGAAUUUUUCAGAGUAAGCAGAGAACAAUUCUUGUUCCUUGGUGUCAUACAAAGUAAAUAGAGUUGGGUGCAUGAAGGUGCAAUGCAGCUUAAUGGUUAUGAUUUAAUUAAUAUUAUUCAUUCAAUUAUGCUAUCUUAGAGUCUCAAAUCUUGAAGUGUUGGAUAGAGAGGAUGGGCAAGGGAAUAUUUUACCUGGACAUUGGAGAAAUGAUGAGGCAUCAUGGCAGGAAUUUCGCCCCAGUGUAGUAACAACUACUCAAAUGAAGCACGGCUUAUUAGAGAGGAGUACAUGCAAUAUUUUAAUAAUGAAGGUGCAGUCCAAUGGCAAUGGCGACAAUGUGGUAUAG